GUUGACGUUUGAUACGGCGUGCAAGUGGUGACAGCUUGGUGCCCAGCUCGUCAAUAAUGAAGGAGCUCGAUCGUGUCAGCUGCUGAUACUUUCCGCUCCCCAUCAAUUCGAUAGGGGCCAGCCGUCAUUUUGGACUCGUUCCAGAGGUCUAAUACACGCUGUGGAUAGGCCCAUACGACAGCGAAACGCGCGAUAUGACCGAGGUGGAACGCCCCGCCUUCAUUCCUCCUCGUAAAAGAAACGGCAACAAGGCGUCCCCGAGAUCAGCGAGCGCAAAGCAUAACAACGGAAUAUCCUCCGAUCACCGCGCGGUGCCGGCGGCUAGGCCAUGCAGCGCCGCUACGAGCCCCAUCAAGACACCCGACAGCGACCGCAGCUGCGGGCCGACACCAGCUGCGCGGCAGCACCGCAAGUUGUCGGUCGAGUUUCAGCUUGAUCCGGAUGAGCGGGACCCGGACCAAUGGACUACGGACAGGUCGCAGGGGACGGACAACGCUAGUACGGACGGAGAGCUGUCCAGCGUCACCGAGCGGUCUUCGCUGAGGGCCGACGGCGACCGGUACGUGACGAUGACGGGAACUAUCAAACGGGGCAAAAAGAAGGGCGCCACGAUCGACAUGAAAGUGAACAUUUCGCGGGAAGAGCUGGACGAGAUCGAGAGUAGCAUCAAAGACCAGCAGACAAGCGACGAGGAGGACGACUGUUUCUUCGGCAUGAACAAAGGUCCGCAUGUCCUGUUCCUUUCGUUCGUGCUCGUACCGGUGGUGUUCAUCAUCUCCGCCGGCAAUUCUUUCUACCUGGGCACCAUGACGUGGUAUAACAUCCUCGUGGUGCUCAGCGAAAAGCGCUCGAUAUUCCACAAGGUGCUGCUCAGUCCUUUCUGGAUCAUCUUCUACCCAUUCCUCAUCGCGCCGGCCGUCGUCGGGCUCGGUCUGUACGCGGCGGCCGUUCAGAUCUCGUGGGAGUACGAGAAGUGGAAGCGAGAGGUGCCCGACUGGGAGAAGGGUUUCUACGGCUGGCUCUGCUGCCUCCUACACAUGGAGGAGUGCAGCCCUUACGACGUCGUCAUCCUCACUGACGUGCAGCGGGCCGACGAAGCACAGCCGCAGAAGUCCACGGCCGACACCCCUGUCUAGGUUGUUCGCCGUUGUCCCCGCAAACGCGUGCACGACCACCCUGGAGGGCGUGUUCUCAGGUUCCGACCCUCCUUUUAUCGUUAGUGGAAUGGCUAUUGCUGCCAGUAGUUUUAAUUACUCACGUGCUUCUCUGUUGAAAAGCCAUGAUCAUAUUCAAUGCUAUUUGGCUCCUUCAUGGAGGCCCAUCAGAAACACGUGAAGGUAACUGAGGAAUUGGCAUUUGAAGAGAAAGGAAGUUUUAGUGUAAGCGUACGCAGCAGAUAAAUUUCACUUUGCUCUAUGCUGCCUUACAAUGCUCUGUGUGAGCACAGCAAAGUACUUUUUCUUUAGUAUAUGUCAUGUGAUGCAAAGAUAGAAGAGUGCAUAUAAACAUACCUAUGCACAUAAUGCAAGGUGUUGGGUACCUUGCCAUCUCCAGGGCAACUGCUUCAACCUGUUGCACUGUGUACGUGUAAGCAGUGACACUUGUUCAAUGGCUGCAAUUUUACAUAAGGCAUUCCUUGCUGUUUUUGAAGUCAUAUCAGUGUGCAUUUGCCCUCUCUAGUCAUGCAAAUGUAAACCCACUUAUUUAUUCCACUUAUAUUUUAUUGUGGUGCCAUUCAUACUUACAAACCUUCUCUGUGAAGUGGCAAGGUUUUCUGCCACAUUAGUUUUUGUUUAAACAGUGCACAGAUAUGGCAGCAUUGAUGCAUUGCAUGCCACUUUUAUACAUAAUUGCCGCUGUCUUUUUGUACAGGUGCCGUUUCUUGUGCAGGGCUGUGCAAUUCUGCGAAACAUUCUAUAUUCCAUUGCAACUGUGAUAUUGAAUUUGCAUGCCCUCACAAUGUGCUAUGGCCAUAAGUUUACAAACCAUGUAGCAGCAAAAGUGAUUUCUUACAGGCACAGUAUGUGCUGGACUCCAGUAUUCACUUGUGUAUGCAAGGACUGCAGAGCAUGUUUCAGUUUUAUAAUUGUACAUCUAGGCAACAGUGGUAUAGCUUUAUAAUGCAAAGACGGGUUAAGGCAUGCAGACACAGACACAAGAGGAGAAGUGGACAACACAAACUCAGCACUUCUCUUGUGUCCGUGUCUGCACGCCUUACCCCUUCUUUGCAUUAUGAAUCCUUACCAACUAGCUCAGCUUUCUGUUGUUCCAAGUGGUAUAGCUGAGUUUUUAUUUCAGGCAUUUAGGGUGUGCAAGGGGAGCUCUGUCUCCUGCUACCCAAAACUAAUACAUUCAUAUGUGCAGUGGUGGAACAGCUACGCUAAUUGUGCGAAGCGCAGUCCUCUCUGCCAUCCCACUCCGAAACAGUAUUUUAGCAAAAAUUUGUGCCAAGCCUGCACCAAAGGAAGCAUAAGAAUGAGAGCCGCACGUUAGGUAUGCCAGUUCGCUAGUAAAACUGAUACCAAAACCUAAAACCCAAACAUCACGCUGGAGAGAGAGAAAGCAACAGGAGGAAAGGCAGGGAGGUCAACCAGAUGAGUGUCCGGUUUGCUACCCUACACUUGGGGUAAGGGAAAGGGGAGUAGAAAGAGGAAGAGAGUGAGCACUGAGAGCACAUGGAGGGAGCUUGCACAAGAGCACUAUAAGUGGUUUCUCAAAUUAGUGUACUCAAGUACUACACUAGUGCACGAAUCGCUUUUUGUGGUAGUGACAAAUGUGGCCACGGUCCUAGUAUCGGAAAUGAGUAAAAGGAGUAGUCAUAGACGUGGAUAUAGCUGAUGCCGUUGAUCCUCCAUUUGCUGCUUUUGUUAGUUUGUGGUACUUCUCUCUAGUGUAGGCUCUUAUGUACCGGUGCUGUGCUGUUUAGUUUGUGCCAUUUUGCCUGCAGUUCUGCAUCCUUCGUACCAAUGUGUCACCUACAGAUCUUGCUCAAGGAUGCUGUCGGAUCAAAAACAAGUCUCCAAUAAUGUUCGGUUGCACUUUGUUUAGUAUAGAUGUUGACAGUGCCAGUUUAAAAAUACUUUGUAAAUUGCGUACCCAAUUACUCACAUUUAAUUUGCUUGUUAGUGUGGACUUUUAAAACUACCCGAAAGGAAGAGCAGAUUUCAUGGUUGUAAUUAAAACAGCUUUCACUUGAUUCAAGGCACAUUUGGCAUGUUAUGUUGAAAGGAAACGUCUGUACGUCAUCACUGUGUCUUCAGUUAAUUCGUGCAUGUUCUAGGGCAUGGUAUUCUGCACACCCCCUUGUUGCGCAAUCUUUCCUUUUUUUCUUGUUCAUUUGAAGCCCACCGAAUGCCUGUCGCAAGUUGAAAUGAUAGUAGCGGCUUUAUACCGCAAUAUACUCGCAGGGAAGGCCAUUCUUUUGAAUAUAAUGAAACUAGUAAUUUUUAUCUCGAAUGCCUUAUUGAUGCACCUAAAGCAAACUCCGCGAUAUUUAUCUCCUUCAAGUCAAAUUGAGACCAUAUGGUGUAUAGAUGUACAUUCGACACUGCACCAAGAGGCCUUUUUCCUGUGCCAAUAUCUGCAGGGAAAAGUCAAAUGGCUGUUCCACUACUGUAGGCGCAGCUUGUGAAAUCACCUCCCUCAACUCGGCUAAUGUCACCAUCGGGCAGGAAGAAAUGGCCUUCCACUAUGGUCUGUAAACUUGUUGGUGAAAAAAAACCACCAGCACAUAUCUGUGGAACGAGCACAAAGAACAAUACUGUAACGUGACUGUCAAGUGUUAAUCAACUGUGCCAAAUUACUGUUGCAGCGUUUCUUGGAUGUGAUGUCUCUAGUCGUGUUUUUUCAAUGUUUUGUAUUGGUUGCUCCAAGUAGCCUCAUUGGCUUACGUGUGGCAUCACGAAGAACAUGUGGAGCCUUAUUUCACCGUUUCAAGUGCAUUGCUGGAAAACAAGCAUAUUUGGCUAAGGCGCAGCUCUUCACCUUGCUCUGGUGCUCCAACAUGGCUGCUGGGAUGACAGCACAAUCCAUCUAUAGUCACCGGAACAUUAUGCUCAUUGGGUGUCUGUGUCCUUGUUUAACAAACGUAGAGCAGGAAGCAUUGUUUUUUAGGUAUAGCUAACGAGAGACAUAGUCUCCUCAAUUUGGCAGCACUUUCUGCACAGACGGCAACUUCAUGUCCCGUGAGCAUGAUGCUGCUCUCGAGUCCUAGUUGAGCAAACAUGUACAGCCAUGUUUCAAUAUUGCCAUUUGCUGCAGGUAAUCAAAGCUGUUGGGUUUCCUCGCCCUCCAUAUUGCCGUAUGCCAUUAGCAUGAUGUGUUGCUGCAGCAAUGAAAUGGCAGCUGUAGACGUGGCCUGCUGGUCAGGAAAUGCAAGCACAAAAGAGCUGUCCAAAUGAAAGGAGGUUGGGAUGCUGUUCUACAUCAUUACCAGCGAGUUCUGACAAGAGUAGAAGCUCCAAACCAGCAACCUCCUAGUUGCUUGCUAUAGUGGACUGCUCCUAUAGGUGGUGUUCACCUCAGACUAAUGUAAGCCAAUUUCGAAGGCCAUACUCUUGCGUACUGCGUGGGCCAAAGCCGGAAACAAGACAUGAUCGCCACGUUUUGGACAUUACCUAUUGAAAAGCUAAGAAAAAAAAAGGGGGGAGGGGGUUGCGCUGUAACUACACUCAACAAAGUGGCAAAUGCAGAAUUGAAAACUUGUGCAGGGUUAGUUUUACCACAACUGAAGUAUUGAAAGGUUUUGUCUGCUAAAAAGGACAAGUUCCACAGACAGCAGAACCUUGAAAACUAGUACAGCUUCCUUGCACGACGUCUGAAGAUUAGACGACACUCAUGACACAGUGAAAAACCUUGGAGCCGGCGUGCUGGGAUUUACAUAGUAUCCACUAACCACCAGGUGCAUUUGUUGUUCAAAGGCUGCAAAUAUAGUUAAAAGCCUGGCUGGUUCGUCAGGAUUGCUUCAAUAGUAUAUGCCAACCAUUUAUAACCAAUUUAGCCAAGUGAAAUUUCAUUGUAGUUGGCUUUUAAAUGCCUAGGCACACAGUUAACUCAUUGGUACAUAGAUUUAAUGCCACUGCCGCCACAUAACAGUCCACACUGUGCUGUUCCAGUGCCGUGCAUUAUGAGCAGCGCCAGGCUUUUUUUGUGCAAUGUAAAAUUCAGCAGCGCAGUACGGGUGACAUGCACUAGACUGUGGGUCAAUAACAGGUGUGUUGCACUCCGUGGGGAAGUGCAAAAAAAAAGUGUGGCACAAUUGAGGAGACCGACCUGUUCCUCAUGUAUUCAGUAUGUGUACAACAAUUCUGCAAGCUAAUGUUCCAAGCCGCGAAGUGUAUGCACACGUGAGCAUUCCACUGAGUCUAUAACUACGCGCAUUUUUCUGAUUGAUGUACUGAAUGUUCUUGCGAAGGUUUUACACAGAUCAGCAGCGGCUGCGUGUGCAAUUUUGGUAUGGGCCAUUGCUCCAAAAGUGUGCAGCCAUGCUAAACAUUUACUACAUGAUAUACCGCAAGUUUUGAUCUCAAUACAUUGCCAUUUAUACAUUCAGAUGCAGUUACGGAACAAAUACUGUGUGUGUGAAUGCAUGUACAUUAGUGACUAGACAUGUGUAAUGAAAAAUAAACUGUUCCUGUUUUUGUA